AUUCAGCAAAGCUGGUAGGAGCACAAGGAAGCGAGGAGCGAUAAAUAGACGAGCGGUGGUUGGCCACCAGCUGCUCCUACUACCAAUUUCUUACACGGGCUCCUAUACUAGAGAGCCAUCAGUUCGGUGAGCGAGUCGAUUGGCACCGAUCGAGGAGAGCUACUAGUUGGCAGUAGCUAGGGCGAGGAUGCAGCAGGGGGAUCCGACGAUGGAGGGCAGCGGCGGCAACAAGGAGCAGCAGAUGCAGAUCGUGUGCGUGCGGAGCGCGUCGACGGGCGAUCAGGAGGCGGAGUGGACGGCGGAGCAGGCGUCGUCGCGGUCGGCGCUGUCGCUGUUCAAGGAGAAGGAGGAGGAGAUCGAGCGCAAGAAGCUGGAGGUGCGGGACAAGGUGUUCUCCAUGCUGGGCCGGGUGGAGGAGGAGACCAAGCGCCUGGCAUUCAUCCGCCAGGAGCUCGAGGUCAUGGCCGACCCCACGCGCCGGGAGGUCGACGCCAUCCGCAAGCGCAUCGACAAGGUUAACAAGCAGCUCAAGCCGCUCGGCAAGACGUGCCUCAGAAAGGAGAAGGAAUACAAGAUGUGCCUCGACGCCUACAACGAGAAGAGCAACGAGAAGGCUACGCUCGUCAACAGGCUCAUGGAGCUCGUAAGCGAGAGCGAGAGGCUGCGGAUGAAGAAGCUUGAAGAGCUAAACAAGACGAUAGAGUCCCUUUACUAGAUCUGCUCUGCACGUCUCGUAAGCUGACGACGAUCAGGUAGUCUGGUGGCACUGGCACCAGGGGAUGGAGGAGCAUGCAUUGCUAGUUGCUACACGUGCAAUUUUUUCUUGCAACGUGCAUGCAUGGUGAUUGAUGGAAUUUGUGUUGUUUUACAUUUGUGCUUUGUAAUCGACGAGGUACCGUUGCACUCUCUCGGCAUGUAAUGUAUGGCGCUGUCGCGGCGUCGCAGUUGUGUGCAAACGAACAUUCUUAAACAAGAUGUUCUAUGAGGGGGGACUCGAACACUAAAACAAGAUCAGAACUUCAACAUUUUAACGCUUCUA